UGUCUGAAGGAGGAGAUGAGGAAAGACGUGUUAGUGACCGGAGAGUAUGAGCUAACUCUGGCCGCCGGUCAGCGCACAGACCUCUCGGUGACCGACUCUAAAGGCCACACAGCCUUCGCGCGCGAGAACCUCGACAAAGGAAAGUUUGCGGUCACGAGCGAUGAGGACGACAUCUUCGACUUCUGUUUCGUCUCUUAUCUCCAAACCGGUCACCAGACGGGACCCGAACGCGAGGUUCAUCUCGAGAUGAAACACGGCGUCGAAGCCAAGAGUUACGAAGAGUUGGCAAAUGUCGGUAAACUAAAGCCUUUGGAGAUGGAGUUGACUAAACUGGAAGACCUCUCGUCGUCUAUCGUUCAAGACUUUGAGUACAUGAAGAAGAGAGAGGAAGAGAUGAGAGAUACUAACGAGUCGACGAACAAUCGGGUGCUUUACUUGAGUAUAUUCUCGAUGCUGUGUCUGUUAGGGUUGGCCACGUGGCAGGUCCUGUACUUACGCCGAUUCUUCAAAGCAAAAAAACUCAUCGAAUAAUUUUUGUAACAAAUUUUUUAGAUAUAAUCUUAAGUUAAUUAUAAUUUAGAAGUGAAACUCAAUUUCAAGUCUCGAGUCCAUGUAUUUGUAUCGUUUUUUUUGCCUCAAAAUCUUUUCCAAUAAAUAUUUUAAAGAUAACACCAA